AUCACAGACUAUAUGAAAAUGUAUAGACUUAUACAUGCCUGUAUCUCUCGCUAUAUACUAAAUCAUUGUCUAUAUUGUAAAACUAUAUUUUCAUAGUGUGUCAUAUUAUCAUCUAUUAUUUCUAUUAGUCAAUAUGAAUCAAAUGCCAUUUUAUCCAUCUCAAUAGUAUAUUUCGGUAAAAUUAUUACUGGAAUAAAUGCAUAUGAAAUCAUUUAUAGUAAAAUACCAUUGUUAUGUUACUGUUUCUGAACAAAAUUGUAUUUAUAUAAUUCAUUCUAUGACUGUGUAAGAUAAGCAAAUUUGACAUAAUACACAAAUAGCAUAUACUUCUUAUAAGAAAAUAUUGAUCUACUGAAUUAAGAAAUUUUACAAGAUUGGUUUGAAACUGUUAAACUUGUAAAAACCUUUUUUUAUAGAAGUCGUGUAUAAAAAAUAGAUUAUUUUACAGUUUAAUCAAUUAAUUUCAAGGCAGUUAUUUGUUGUUUAUUUUCUAUUAUGUCAUUACUUACUUCUGAAUGGGUUCCAUACAAAACAGAAAAUUAUUUCAGGAAACUCGAAAUUUACCCAGAAAUGUUUUGGAGUAAUGAAAUUGAUAUAAGUACAUCAGUAGUAAUUGCAGCACCUUAUGGAGGACCAAUUAUUGUAGUACGAGACCGAACCAAACUAGUUUCUAUUAAAACUGUUGGGAAACCAGUGAUAACCGUAUAUACAUCAUCUGGAAAAAUAAUUUCAUCUUUCAUGGACAACAAUGGUGGUCAUCUAGUUAAUUUAGGAUGGUCUAAUAAUGAAGAAAUAUUGUGCUGCCAAGAGAAUGGUUUAGUUUCAAUUUAUGAUUUAUUUGGAAAUUAUCAACAUACAUUUAGUAUGAUUAAGGACCGUCAGAAUAUUAAAAUUAUUGAUGCUCGAAUAUCUAGCAACUCAUUAAGAACUACAGUUGCUGUUUUGACAGAAUAUUACAGUAUUUAUGUUAUGAAUGAUAUAACAAAAGUAAAAACUCACAUUUUGCCAGAAAUUCCAGAUUUGAAUUACCCUCCAAACUUAUGGGAAAUAAUACUACAAGAUAGGCAAACAAGUGUAUUAGUUGCUAGUGAAAACUCUAUUUUUACAGUAUCUCACGCGGAGUGUAAACAACAAUUCAUCAAGUUUAGUGAGGUAGAUUUCAAUAAAGAUAUUAUUGUUCAAAAUUCUAUUAAAAAAGUUGCAGUUUCUUUUGAUCAUAAGAAUAUUGCUUUAUUAAACAAUGAUAAUAAAAUUUGGAUAGGUUCAUCAGAUUUUCGAAAAGUUUUUAGAAUUUACAACAAAAGUUUUUCUAGUACCACCAUUGAUCAAAUAGCAUGGUGUGGUUUAGAAGGUGUAGCUUUAUAUUCAAAAGCUGAAGAUGUAGUCAUGAUUAUUGGAAAAAAUGAUGAUCAAGUAUCUUUUAUUUAUGUUGAUCCUAUAAAUUUAUAUGCAGAAAUAGAUUGUGUUAGAGUAAUUGGUGCUUUUUCAAAUGAUAUUUUACAAUUGGUACCUCAUCAUGUCCAAGAAAUUUUCCGCAUUAAUAGUACAAGUCCGAGUUCUUAUUUAGUUGAAGCUUCAAAACAAUUUCAGAAACGCAAUCAUAGAGCUAAUGAGUAUAUACACCUUGUAAGUAAUAUGUUAGAAACUGCUGUAAACAAUUGCAUAGAAGCUGCAAGCUAUGAAAUGGAUGUAUCAACUCAAAAAGUAUUAAUUAAAGCAGCUCAGUUUGGAAAAACGUUUUUACAAAAUUGGAAUCCAGAACGCUAUUUAUAUAUGUGUCGACUGCUACGUGUUUUAAACGCUGUUCGUGAACCAAAAAUUGGAAUUUCAAUCACAUAUCCACAACUGCAACAAAUAUCACUUGAACUAUUAUUUGAUAAACUUGUUGGACAAAGGCAUUACUAUUUAGCGCUUCAAGCCUCUUCUUUUAUUCGAAUGUCAACUAAUAUAGGUUCUAGUCGUAUUCUUACAAAUUGGGCUAAAUUUAAAAUAAGCCAAACUCAAAUUGAUAAAGAACAGUUAGCAGUUACAAUUGCUGAUAAGCUUGGCAAAUUUUCUGGUGUUUACUAUCAUAAUAUUGCUGAAAUGGCUGCAAAUUGUGGUCGAAUACAACUUGCAAUAAAAUUACUGGAUUAUGAACCAAGGGUAAAUUUACAAGUACCCCUCUUAUUAAAAUACCAGCAAGAUAAUAUUGCUUUAAAAAAAGCGAUUGAAAGUGGUAAUACUGAUCUUGUUUAUAUGGUCUUACUUCAUAUGCAAACUACUAUGCCUCUUGGAAAAUUUCAAAUGGAAAUUAAGAAAAGUACUGUUGCUCAAGCUUUGUACAUAAAAUAUUGUCACCAAUAUUCAGGAUAUUCUUUAUUAGACAUGUAUACACAAGAAGAUAAUCAUGAGCAAUUGGCACUUUAUCAUAUUAUUGCGACUAUAAAAUCUACAAAUCCUAAAGAUAUGUCUUUAUCUAUUAAAGAAGCAAUUAAUAGUUACAAAAGAAUUCGUGAUGAUUUUGCUAUUACACUAUGUGAAAGUCAAUUAAAAUUAUUAGGGUAUCAAACGAGUUUGGAAGAAAAAUUGAAGAAUAAAUUUUACAAUCUAUCAUUACAUGAUACAUUAGUAAAAUUACUUGAAAUGAAUGAGCUUAAACUUGCUGAUAAGUUACGAUCAGAAUUUAAAGUGCCUGAAAGAAGGUAUUUUUGGGCAAGAUUUAAUGUUUUAAUUAAACAACAAGACUGGAUAGAAAUUGACAAAUUAUCAAAAAAAUCACCUAUUGGUUAUGAACUAUUUAUAGAUGCAUGUAUUGAUAAUGGAAAUAAAUAUGAAGCACUUAAAUAUUUACCUAAAAUUAAAGAUGAACUUAAACAAGAAUAUACUACAAAGAUAAAUUCUAUGUCUUACUAGUGUUCAAUAGUCAUAGAUCUUAUUAUAUUAAAUAAAAAUAUCUAUUAUUCCUACAAAGUUUAAAUAGUGACUACUUGAGAUCUCUGUAUUAUACAACUUCUAUUCAUUUAUAUAUUCAAAUCAAAUAGGAGACAAGUAUUUUUAAAUGUUUUUCAGAAAAGACAAUAAAAUUAGAUAAAACUGU